CGCUGGCUGAGCAGAAUUCCCGCGAAGACUCGGACGUCUCACAUCAUGAGUAAGAGGAAGGUGCAAGAUGCUCAUCUGCCAGUGGGAGAAUGCAUCACAGAGGUUCAGAAGAUUUUAAGGGAGCGUCUCUGCCAUCAGCGGCUCCCUGACAAGCCGGAGGGAGUAGAAGCUCAACACAGGCACCUCCUGGAGCUGUUGAAGCGGACGGCCAUCCACGGGGAGAGUAACUCGGUGCUAAUCGUCGGCCCCAGGGGAGCAGGAAAAACUAUGCUGCUCAGGUGUGUGUUGAGAGACCUGCUGGAGGACAAAGAAGCACAGAAGAGCCUGCUUCAGGUUCAUCUCAACGGUCUCCUGCAGACCGACGACAGAAUAGCACUUAAAGAGAUAACACGACAGCUCAACCUAGAAAACGUCGUCGGAGACAAAGUCUUUGGGAGUUUUGCAGAAAAUCUGGGUUUCCUGCUGGAGGCACUGAAGAAAGGGGAUCGCAGCAGCAGCCGCCCGGUGCUCUUCAUCCUGGAUGAGUUUGACUUGUUCGCCCACCACAAGAACCAGACCCUGCUCUACAACCUGCUUGACGUUUCCCAGUCCGCCCAGGCGCCCAUCUCCGUGGUCGGCAUCACCUGCAGACUGGAUGUCCUGGAGCUGCUCGAGAAGCGGGUGAAGUCGCGGUUUUCCCACCGUCAGAUCCACCUGCUGAGCAGCGCCACGUUCCCUCAGUACGUGGAGCGGGUCCAGACCCAGCUCAGCGUGCCAGAUGAUUUCCCCGACACGAAGUUCGCUCAGGAGUGGAACGACAGUAUCGAGGUUUUGUGUGGGGACAAAUCAGUCGAGGAGGUUCUACAGAGACACUACAACUCCAGCAGAGACUACCGGUCAAUGCACAUGCUCCUGAUGUUGUGUCUGAGUCGAGUCUCAGUCGCCAAACCUGCCAUCAAACCUGCCGACCUCCUGGAGGCCAGCAGGCUGUGUUUCGCCGACGCCAAGGCCAAUAUGCUUCAUGGUCUGUCCAUCUUGGAGCUGUGCCUGAUCAUCGCCAUGAAGCACCUGAACGACCUCUAUGAGGGCGAGCCGUUCAACCUGCAGAUGAUUCACAACGAGUUUAAGAAGUUCCUGCAGAGGAAGUCAAACUCCAUGUACAACUUCGAGCAGCCGGUCAUCAUGAAGGCCUUCGAGCACCUGCAGCAGCUGGAGUUGAUCCGACCGGUCGACGGCUCCUCGGCCAAAACCCAGAGGGAAUACCAGCUGAUGAGACUCAUGCUGGACCACAGUCAGAUCAUGGACGCUCUGCAGAAGUACCCACAAUGCCCCACCGAGGUCAAGCAGUGGGCCAUGUCGGCGUUCGGUUAGGACGUGUGGUUUUGCCGUGUCAUCAGCCCCGGGAGAGAAAACAGGAAAUUACACCUCGAUGUUUGGAAAAGUGGAUCUUAAGGAAGACAGCCUGAACCAAGCACUGGAAUUACAACUGACUGUGUAAUCUACUCAACCAUUUCAUUUGUUUCAUGUCAGGAGUUUUCUUAAUGUAUUAAAUGAUCAACUAUCA